UCAUACUCUACAACAUUUCAUUUCUCAUCCUUUGAACUCUUCUCUUGAACUCUCGCCAAAUUCCCAAGAAGAACCUUUGAAGAGAGAAUAUGGGUGGUGGUAGCGUUAUGCCACUCUUGGUCAUGAUUCUUGUACAACUGAUUUAUGCAGGGAUGAACUUUUCCUCAAAGCUUGCGAUACAAUCUGGGAUGCACCCUCUUGUCCUUGUUGCUUAUCGUCAAAUUUUUGCCACUUUCUCCGUAGCUCCUUUUGCUUAUUGCUUUGAACGGAAUACGGCUCCCCCAAUGACAAUGCGAAUUGCGAUGCAGAUAUUAUCAUCUUCCUUAACAGGAAUAACAGGAAAUCAGAUACUAUAUUUCGUGGGUCUUAAGCAUUCAACCGCUACAAUUGCAUGUGCACUAAACAACUUGCUCCCAGCAUUCACUUUCGCUCUUGCAGUUCUCUGCAGACAAGAGUGUUUGAGGAUGAAGACCAAGGCUGGGGUAGCGAAGGUGUUUGGGACAAUCCUUAGUGUGGGUGGAGCAGUGGUUCUAUCAUUUUACCAUGGAAAACUCCUUGGUCUAGGUGAGUCAAAAAUUCAAUGGAACUAUGCUGAGAAAAUUGAUAGAGAAACCUCUUCUGGAGGUGAAACAAACUUGCUUCUGGGUCCUGUUGCUGUAAUUUGUAGCGCUCUUGUUUGGGCAGUAUGGUUCAUAAUUCAAGCAAACAUAAGUAAGAGCUACCCAGUUCCUUUUACCAGCACUUUCUACACGUGUUUGAUGGCAAGCAUUCAGUGUUUGGCCAUUGGCUUGUCUGUUGAACGCGAGGCCUCAGCUUGGUCACUGCGCAGUACAAUAAGACUUACCUCUGCACUUUAUGCGGGAACUGUUUCUACUGGGCUAACGUAUGUGCUUCUCUCGUGGUCUAUUGAGAAGAAGGGUGCUCUCUAUGCGUCUGUGUUCUCCCCUUUGCUGCUUGUCAUCAUUGCUGUCGUUAGCUGGGCACUACUGCACGAAAAAUUAUACAUUGGCACUGCCAUAGGGUCAUUGGUGAUAGUGAUCGGGUUGUAUUUUAUGCUGUGGGGAAAGAACAAGGAGGUGGAUGAGAAUGAUGGUAUUGAUGAGAUAACGGAGGCAAUGGAGGAUGAUGUGAAAGACCUGGAAUUGCAACCUUACAAUCCUUUCAACGGUAACGGAAAGCAUCAUGAGGACGAUGAUAAAAGGAAAGAGAAGGUGACAGGCAGAUUAAGUGCAUGAAAACAAAGACGUUUCUAUAGUUUAGUGCAUUUUGACAUGUCAUAUUUGAAAGUCUAGAUCGAAAAUUGCUCCUACACAUUUCAAUUUAUUACUUUUAUCUAACAACAAGAUCGAAGGUCUCUUUCAUAUUCAGGAAAGAUGAUUGUACAAGUUACUAUAGAUGAUAUGAGUUUUAAAGUAGAAGAAUUCCAUAGAAUUUUUCUUUUUCUUUUAUUCCUAUCAUCACAUUAUUAGU